AUGAAAGAUUCACAUUUCUUUGUCAUUCGACAAUACUAUAGUCUUCACAGUUGCUCAUUAAUGAACCGAAAUGCCAAUCAUAGACAAGCAUCCAGUCGUGUUAUUGGUUCUCGUGUACAGGGACACUUUAAGAAUAGUAAAGACCCACUCAACCCAAGAAGCCUCGCAGGAUUCAUGCGUGAGGAAAUGAAAGUUCAAGUCAGUUAUUGGAAAGGAAAACAGUGGGCUCAAAAUUUGAUUAGAGGAACGGCCAAAGAAAAUUUUGCCUUGCUCCCUUCGUAUUGUCACAUGUUGAAGUGGGCAAAUCCAGGUACAAUUACCCACAUUGAACUUGAUUCAGAAAAUAAGUUCAAGUACUUUUUUAUGGCUUUAGGUGUGGCCAUAAGAGGGUUCACUUACAUGAGGAAAGUAAUUGGUAUUGAUGCGGCUUGGAUCAAAACUAAGCAUAAGGGUGUGUUAUUAGUAGCAACUACACAAGAUAGUGAAUAUCAUACUUACCCCAUUGCAUGGGGUUUGGUUGACAGUGAGAAUAACGCUUCAUGGACAUGGUUCUUAGAGAAUUUGAAGGAGUUGAUACCUGAUAGCUCGGACUUAUGUUUUAUUUCUGAUAGACAUCAAAGUAUCAAACAUGCAGUUCGUCAUGUUUAUGUUAUGGCUUCUCAUGGGGCAUGUUAUUGGCAUGUAAAACAGAAUAUAAAACACUGUUUCAAAAGUGCUGCAGGGACUAAAUUGUAUAAGAAAGCUGCAAUUGCGUACCAUAACGAAGAGUUUAAUAAACACUUCGACCAACUUCGCAAAAUAUAUCCACGUGUCGCUAAGUAUCUUGAGAAUGAUGUCAAGUUCAGAAAGUGGUCUAGAGCACAUUUUGGUGGUAAUCGAUAUGAAGUCAUGACCACUAACAUAGUUGAGUCAGUGAACAAUUUGAUGCGAAAGGCAAGAGAGUACCCUAUUGUAAUGACCCACUAA